AAGACAUUCUAAAACCGGAUAUACCCACCAAAGGUGUGCAAUUAGUUGGUCAUAAGGAACCAUCAGCAUCUGUUGGAAGUUUGGAGCAUUCCUCUAAAGUGAAAUCAAUCAAUCGCUCUGCAGCUGCGAAGGGAAAAGGUAAUAAAUCGAACUGGGGUCUGAUAUGGAGGAAGAAGAAUUAUGAAGACACUGGCAUUGAUUUCAGAUUGAGAAACAUUCUUAUGAGGGGCAAUCCUAAUAUUAACUUGAAGAACCCUCUUUGCCGCCUUUGUAAUCAGCCGUACAAUGCUGAUCUCAUGUACGUUCACUGCGAAACAUGCCAAUAUUGGUUUCAUGCUGAUGCAUUAGAAUUAGACGAGUCCAAGAUUUUUACCUUGGUUGGAUUCAAAUGCUGCAGGUGCCGCAAGGUCAAAUCUCCUGUAUGUCCUUACUUGGAUCCAGAGAAAAAGAAGGUAUUGGAGGGCAAAAUGGAGAUUCAACAAUCUGCGAAGCAAGAGAUUUCAGCCACGGAAUUUGAUUCUGGUAUAUUCUCUGAAGUGAAUAAUGGAGGGAAUAAUGCCACUGUAUCUAGUCCUGCUCCUCAGAAGUUGCCACUCAGAAGGCAUAUCAAUCAAGAAAAUAAGAAUGCUCCUUUUGAAGCAAAAAAUGUCUUUAACUCGUCUGAGAAAUUCUCCGAGAUUGAAGUGCGCAGCCCUUCAAAAGCAAACGGUGUUAGCUGUAUGCCGGAUUUAUUUUCCUCUCAAGCUCAACCGAUUGCAUCUAAGGAGAAUUCUGAUGAUAAUAUGGAACUCGGAACUCAGACCUAUUUCUCUCUUGAUGAGUUGCUUGAAUUUGAUUAUGAUGGUAGCCAUGCAAAUGACAGAGAAUCACCUGAAAAUGUUGUAAUAGAAAAUUGCAAGAGUUCGUCUAUACCAGCAGAAAACGAAGCACUUGAGAAGACGCGCAACCAGGAAGAACCAAUCACGUCUGUUGAAAAAGCUACCAAGAUAGUGAAGUGUAAGAUUUGUUCCAGUACAGAACCUUGCCCAGAUCUCUCGUGUCGUAUUUGUUAUAUAUCGAUACAUAGCCGUUGUUCACCCUGGUUUGAAUCGUCGUCUUGGGAAGAUGGGUGGAAGUGUGGCAGUUGCCGUGAGUGGCGAUAGUAGGCAUUUGAGGUGCCGCUAUCGCAAUUGUGAAACUCUUACUUCAUUUGUGGUUUAUGCACACUCUUUUAAUAUCCAUACGAAAUGGCUUCAUUUUGAGUGAGAGAGGCCAUUCAACCAUUUUUAACUUCUAUUCUUUUAUUUUAUUUUUUGUAG